AUGUCAUCCGACAACGAGAACGAAAGUGUUCUAAUUGGUAAUGAUUCGGAUUUCUGGCGAUAUUCUGGCAAAAAUGGCUUUGAUUUGACUCGAGGAAGUGAUCAUUCUCUUCGCUUACAGACAACAACUCAACCUAUUACGAUCGACCCGACUCGCACGGCGUUAAUCAUCAUUGACAUGCAAAACUUUUUUAUUCAUCCGUCUGUGCGUUCACAUCCAGCAGGUCUGGUUGCAUGUGAACAACUCCUCCGAUUCGCCAUUCCUGCAGCGCGCAAAUCAGGUAUUCAAGUUAUUUGGUUAAAUUGGGGCUUAACCGACGAUGAUAUUCAUCAGGCUCCGCCUUCCUUAAAACGAGCGUUUUCACGUGGGUUAACAACAGAAUCGAGCUCGGGGACAAAGUCUAUCUACACAGGUCUUGGCAGUGAAUUAGGAGAGAUUGUUCUUCCCAGUGGCGAACAUAUCAAUGGUGGCAGAUUACUGAUGCGUGAUACUUGGAAUGCGAGUCUUUAUGAUCCACUUUUUGAGAGCUAUCAAAAUAGUCAAUCCCAUACAAAAGCUGAUCAAUGGUUUCAUAAGGAUCGUGUUUCUGGCUUAUGGUCUCAUGAUUCUCCAUUGCUCUCAUAUCUUCGUUCGAACAGAAUUGUUACGUUAAUCUUUGCUGGUGUGAACACCGAUCAAUGUGUGGCGGGUACAUUACACGAUGCUGAAUACAAAGGCUUUGAUUGUAUUCUCUUGAGUGACGGUUGUGGUACGAUGAGUCCGUCAUUUGCACGUGAAUGUGUUGAAUAUAACUGUAGUAGAGGUGAUGGAUUUCUAAUAGAUAGUGAAACACUUGCUAAAAAUAUUGAAGAUUAUUUAAAUUAG